AGUACGGAGUAUAUGCAAACAUAAACGCAAUGCUAGAAAUUGAAGAAAUUGCUAAAAUAGCAACAGGUUGAAAUAAACAAAACAUAAAAAAGAGAAGGAAAUCCUUGAUAAUCACUUUCUGCAAUGGAGAUUUCACUUCCCACUCUCUGCAAAGUAGAAAUCGUUUCUCAAAACUCUCUGACUAAGUGAUUCUGCGCUCUUAUUCUUGAGCUCAAUACCUAGGGUUCGCUCUCGACAAUCUGCUUUUUGCCUCGCAAUGAGGACCGAGGUUGCGGCGAUUCUGUUCACACUAGCGGCGGUGCUAAUCUGCAUUGAGGUCUGCGCGGGAGCGACCUUCUCCUUCCGGCUGAUUCACAGGUUCUCCGACGAAGCGGGUUCCGUUUGGGCGGCGAAGGGGAGACAAGGGCCGUGGCCGGAGCGAGACAGCGUGGAGCGAGCGAGGUUGCUCCUCAGCAGCGACUUUAAGCACCAGAGGCUGAGGCUUGGCUCUCAGAAACAGCUCCUUGUUCCUUCUGAAGGAAGCCAGACCUUUGACUACGGCAAUGACUGGAGCUGGUUGCAUUAUGCAUGGAUUGAUAUUGGGACACCAAAUGUUUCGUUUCUUGUUGCGUUAGAUACUGGAAGUGAUUUGCUUUGGGUUCCUUGUGAUUGUGUACAGUGUGCUCCAUUGUCCUCAAGCUACUACACUGUCUUGGAUAGAGAUCUGAACGAGUAUAGUCCAGCCCGAUCUAGCACCAGCAAGCAACUUCCUUGCAGCCAUCAAUUAUGUGAUCUUGGUCCUGACUGCAAAAGUCCUAAGGAGCACUGCCCAUACAUGGUUGACUACUUGUCAGAAAAUACAUCAAGUUCAGGAUUUCUUUUUGAGGAUCAGUUGCAUUUGAUCUUAUCUGGUGAACAUUCGCAUCAAGACUCUGCCCUGGCACCAAUCAUAAUAGGCUGUGGAAGCAAACAGAGUGGUAGCUAUUUGGAUGGAGCUGCUCCAGAUGGUGUUUUGGGAUUAGGACCUGGAAAAAUCUCCGUUCCAAGCCUGCUUGCAAAUUCUGGAUUGGUUCCACAUUCAUUCUCUUUAUGUUUUGACAAGAGCCAUUCUGGGAGAAUUUUCUUUGGUGAUCAAGGACCUGGAAAUCAAAGAUUUACCCCCUUUUUGCCACUUGAAGGGAAUUAUAACAAAUACAUUGUGGAGGUGGAACAUUAUUGCGUUGAGAGUUCCUGUUUAAAGCAGUCUGGAUUUCGAGCACAAGUUGAUAGUGGUUCAUCUUUCACUCUCCUACCUUAUGAGACCUAUAAGAAAGUUGUUAAUAAGUUUGAUGAACUAAUGAAUGCUACGAGGUCUAGUGUAGAUGUCUUUCACUACUGCUACAAGGCUCGUUCACAAGGUUUACCAAAUAUUCCCAGUAUGAAGCUCAUUCUUUCUGCCAACCAGAGUUUUGUGAUUCAGAAUCCCAUGUUUCCUAUUCUCAACUAUCAGGGAGUCCAAUAUUACUGUUUAGGUGUACUACCAAUUGAAGGAAUGUAUGGAUUAAUUGGACAAAACUUUAUGACUGGAUACCGAAUGGUAUUUGAUUGGGAGAAGUUGAAGUUGGGUUGGUCUGCUUCUAAUUGCAAGGAUUUGGAUGAUAAUGACAAGGUUCCUGUAACGCCUACCCCAAGCGGUUUAUCAGCAAGUCCAUUGCCAACAAACGAGCAGCAGAGAACCCCCAACGGUCAUGCAGUCGCCCCUGCCCUCGCUGGUAGGGCUCCUCCAAGACCAUCUGCAGCAUCACCUUGUACCAUUCACUGUCAGCAUUGUACUCUGAUUCUGCUUAUGCUACUACAAUCAUUUGUAUGGUUAUGUUACCUGGUUUGAUAUCUCUGUGCUGGUGUAUUUAUCUGUAAAUUCACUCACAGUUUCUUUAGUGAAGCCUCCCGUGUUGUUUCA